UGAAAAUUUCUACCUACUCCGAUUCCUCUUCCCUCUUGACGAAAAUCCAAAGCUGAAGAACUCCGUCCUUUGUUUGUUUCCCUGCGCGCUGCGCAACACAAUAACCUUCAUCUCCGCCCUUUGCACACCCAACAAGAAGCGCUUCGCGAGGUCGGUUACGAAUCCAACGUUGUUCUCCUCAACUUAUGCUGCCGUCCACGUCACCACCCAAAUGUUCCCUCUCCUCCGCAAACUCCACAUUCCCUUCUUCUCACACAGAAGAAGAACAUUCCACUUCUCUCUCGCUCUCUUAAGGAAAUUUCCAGAACAUUCCAAUAACCCCCCCGACCCCUCCCUCGUGGACCGCAUCUCCCGCCUCCUCCUCCUCCGCCGCCCCACUUCCAUUCACCGCCUCCGGUUUCGCCCCUCCGACGCCCUCACCGACGCCCUCCUCCGCCGCCUCCGCCUCCACCCCACCGCCGCACUCUCCUUCUUCACCCUCGCCGCCUCCGGCCAACAACACCCCCACUACCGCCCCCACGCCACCUCCUUCUGCCUCCUCCUCCACAUCCUCGCCCGCGCCAAGCUCUUCCCCGAAACCCGCUCCAUACUCCACCAACUCCUCUCCCUACACUGCACUAACAACUUCAAAACCUUCGCCGUCUGCAACGCCGUCGUCUCCGCCUACCGCGAAUUCGGCUUCUCCCCCACCGCCUUCGACAUGCUCCUCAAGGCGUUCUCCGAACGCGGCAUGACUCGCCACGCACUCCACGUGUUCGACGAAAUGUCCAAGCUCGCCCGGACCCCCAGUCUUCGGUCAUGCAAUUCGCUGCUCGCGAAAUUGGUUCGCUCUGGCGAAGGAGACGCCGCAUUGAUGGUUUUUGAGCAGGUUUUGAAGAUGGGGAUUGUGCCUGAUGUUUACAUGAUUAGUAUUGUUGUGAAUGCGCAUUGUAGGGAAGGGAGCGUGGAGUGUGCUGAGAGGUUUGUGGAGAAGAUGGAGGGGAUGGGGUUUGAGGUUAAUGUUGUGGUGUACAAUGCUUUGGUUGGAGGGUAUGUUUGUAAGGGGGGUGUUGAUGGGGCUGAGAGGGUGUUGAGUUUGAUGUCAGGGAGAGGGGUUGAGAGGAAUGUGGUUACUUGGACUUUGUUGAUGAAAUGUUACUGCAGGCAGGGAAGGGUCGAUGAGGCCGAGAGGUUGCUUCGGAGGAUGAAGGAGGAUGAGGGGGUGGUUGUGGAUGAUCGCGUGUAUGGCGUGUUGGUCAAUGGGUAUUGUCAGGUGGGGAGGAUGGAUGAUGCGGUUAGGAUUCGAGAUGAGAUGGCCAGGGUGGGGUUGAGGGUGAAUGUGUUUGUAUGUAAUGCGUUGGUUAACGGGUAUUGUAAGCAGGGUUGGGUUGGGAAGGCUGAGGAGGUGUUGAGGGAGAUGGUGGAUUGGAAUGUGAGGCCGGAUUGUUAUAGCUAUAAUACGCUGUUGGAUGGGUACUGCAGGGAAGGGAGGAUGGCUGAGUCUUUUAUGCUUUGUGAGGAGAUGAUACGGGAGGGAAUUGAUCCAUCGGUUGUGACAUAUAAUAUGGUUCUCAAAGGGCUGGUAGAUGUGGGGUCUUAUGGGGAUGCUUUGAGCCUUUGGCAUUUGAUGGUGCAACGAGGUGUGGUGCCGAAUGAGGUCAGCUAUUGUACUCUGCUUGAUUGCCUUUUCAAAAUGGGAGAUUCUGACAGGGCUAUGAAGCUUUGGAAAGAGAUUUUGGGUCGGGGUUUUAGUAAGAGCAACGUUGCAUUCAAUACAAUGAUUGGUGGGUUGUGUAAGAUGGGGAAAGUCGUUGAAGCACAGACUGUUUUUGAUAGGAUGAAGGAACUUGGAUGCUCACCAGAUGAAAUAACAUAUAGGACUUUGAGUGAUGGAUAUUGUAAAAUUGGCUGUGUUGUCGAAGCUUUUAGAAUUAAAGAUAUGAUGGAAAGACAGACAAUUUCUCCUUCCAUAGAAAUGUACAAUUCCCUUAUUAAUGGACUUUUUAAGUCCAGGAAGUCGAGUGAUGUUGCUAACCUUCUUGUUGAGAUGAAGAGAAGAGCUCUAUCACCAAAUGCUGUUACCUUUGGCACCCUUAUUUCUGGUUGGUGCAAUGAAGAGAAGUUGGACAAAGCUUUGACUUUAUAUUUUGAGAUGAUUGAAAGAGGGUUCUCUCCUAAUUCAGUUAUCUGUAGCAAAAUAGUCAUCAGUCUUUAUAAGAAUGAUAGAAUCAAUGAAGCUACUGUGAUCCUAGACAAGAUGGUGGAUUUUGAUCUUCUUACAGUUCAUAAAUGUUCAGAUAAGUCUGUCAAAAAUGAUUUCAUAAGUCUAGAAGCUCAGAGAAUUGCAGACUCUCUUGAUAAGAGUGAUAUAUGCAAUUCUCUUCCCAACAAUAUUGUGUACAACAUAGCUAUCUAUGGUCUUUGUAAGUCUGGGAAGAUUGAUGAAGCAAGAAGUGUUCUGUCAAUUUUGUUGUCUAGAGGGUUUCUUCCAGAUAAUUUCACAUAUGGUGCCCUAAUUCAUGCCUGUUCGGCUGCUGGUGAUGUGGGUGGUGCUUUCAACUUAAGGGAUGAGAUGGUGGAAAGAGGUCUUAUCCCAAAUAUUACUACGUAUAAUGCGUUAAUAAAUGGGUUGUGCAAAGUAGGAAAUAUGGAUAGAGCACAGAGACUUUUCCAUAAACUUCCUCAAAAAGGCUUAGUUCCCAAUGUUGUUACCUAUAAUAUACUAAUCACUGGUUACUGUAGAAUAGGUGAUCUUAAUGAAGCCUCUAAAUUGAGAGAGAAGAUGAUAGAAGGAGGGAUUUCUUGAACCCGUACUCUGCUUUGAUCAGUGUUCUUCUUGGAAGACUCUUUAAAGUUUUGCGAUCAAAUUAUUCAGGGCAUAUGCUAAUUAAAUUCUUGCCUGAUACUUCUCAUAAAUUUUGCUAAAUGCAAAGCUGAGCUGAUGGCUCAAGACUCAAUUUCUACAAACCUGCAGCCAUGUUCUGAUGCAUUAAUUUCCAAACAAAUUUGGCACAGGAAAAAUCAUUUCUUGCAAAAGAUUUAUAGGUUGGUAAUGAUCAUAUUCUCCUACCUAUUCAUCCUCAGGCAUCAUAUUUGAAGUUCUGGAGUUUUUCAUUCUCUUUGUUGUGGAAGCUAGAUGUGCUUCAUGAUAAAGUUUUUAUUCAAAUAAUCAAGGAAAGUGAAAUGUGUUUUUCUUGAUGCAAUAGUGAAAUUUUCACAGCUAUUUAGAGGAUGGGGAGGACUUGGAUAUGGAAGAUUUGAAUGACUUGGAUGCUUGUAUGGAUUGGUCCAUGAAGACUAUAUUGUUUGAUGUCACUUAAAACCACGGGAGUUUUGAGCACGUUUGAAGGUCAGAUGUUGAAGAACAUAGAUGGCAUCUGUCAAGCUGUGCCUUUUAAUGUGGUUGGAAGCCGAGUUCUAAUCAACUCUGUGUCAGCAUCUCAUCCAUUUGAAAGGGAAAAAGACCUCAUUUAUAGGAGAAACACCGUUUUGGUUUUUAUAUAUAAUCUGCUACGUAGGAAAGAUAAAAUGGCUAGGUCACCCUUCAGGACUUCACAAUAUCUGGAUGAUAGAAAGCUUUCUGCAUUGAAGAUUCUAACUUAAAUUACUUCAUAGAGUAAUGCUACAUUCUCCAAAAAAGUAACAGCUAGAUUAUUGGUGGUUGUUGGAUAAGAUAAAAAUGAUAGGGACACAUCAAUUUUAUUCAUCCAAGAGUCAAUAAUAAGCUUGCCAGUUGAAACUUCUCAAAAGAAUUCUGGCCAUAAAUUCCUUGUUAUUUCGCCUAUAGGGGUGAGGGGGUCACUUGGUUGACCUUGUGUUCUGAUCGUGACAACUGUAUAGAAUUGGGAUUGAAUCCAGAAAUACCCAUUGGUAGGUACUUUGUAAUCCCAUUGUAAAUACUCGCUGAGAUUGCCAGUUUUGUCCUGACAUUAGAGCCGGAAGAGCCUGUUUUUCCGUAAA